CUGACCAGAAGGUUCUUCAGUAACAAUAUCUGCAUGGUUUAAAUGUUACAAGUAUUUCCGAUUUGUUCGGAAAUUUAAAUUUUUUUCACGAUGUCCUCUAUCAAGAAGCCUGUCCUUAUAGCCAGCAUCGUUGGCACUAUAUUUGGGGGAGGAGCAAUUAUCAAAGACUACUGCGGUGGAAAAAGAUUUGACAAUCCGGUAUCGGCAGAAGGCAAGACUGUCAUUGUCACCGGGGCGAACACAGGCAUCGGGAAAGAGACGGUGAGGGAACUGGCCAAAAGGAAAGCCCGGGUGAUCAUGGCCUGCAGGAAUCUCAAAUCCUGUGAAAAGGCAAGAGAAGAAAUCGUCUUGGAGACAAAAAAUAAAUAUGUUUAUUGUCGAAAGUGUGAUCUUUCUUCACAACAAUCCAUUAGAGAAUUCGCUAAGAGAAUUCUAUCAGAGGAAAAGAGGCUGGAUGUUUUAAUAAAUAACGCAGGAGUGAUGAGGUGCCCGCAGAGUACUACAGAGGAGGGAAUAGAGCUUCAGUUGGGCGUAAACCACAUGGGGCAUUUCCUCUUGACAAACCUGCUGUUAGACCUUCUUAAAAAGAGCGCCCCUAGCAGAAUAAUAAACGUAUCGAGUAUAGCGCAUAUGAGGGGCAAAAUAAAUAAAGAAGAUUUCAACAGUGAGCAGUCAUACGAUGGUGCAAGGGCGUAUGCGCAGAGCAAACUAGCAAAUGUGUUGUUCACCAAAGAACUUAGUAAAAGAUUGGAAGGUACUGGAGUCACAGUUAAUUCCCUACAUCCUGGACUUGUUGAUACUGAAAUCACACGUCAUAUGUCUUUCUUCAACUCGUACCUGUCUGGUUUCAUCCUCAAACCUUUCAUCUACAUGUUUAUAAAGACGCCACGCCAAGGCGCUCAGACAACAAUUUGGGCUGCACUCGAGCCAAGCCUCACCACAGUGACUGGCCAAUACUUCGACAAUUGUGCUGAGGCAAGAACAAGUCAGGAUGCACAAAACGAGCAGUUAGCUAGUUGGUUGUGGUUGGUGAGCGAGAAGUGGACUGCACCAAGGAAAGAAAGUGACACAAAAGUCAGUGUCAUGGUUUAGUUAAACUACUUCCUAUAGUAUAAAUCAUUAGGCUAGUUUGAAUUGUAAAUAAGACUAACUGACAUAAACUCUUAAAUGUAUAUAUUUAUUUUAAAAAACCAAAACCAAACUUGCAAUGUCACAAUAAAAACCAAUAGAAAAAUACAUUGUGCAUGUAACAUUUAAAUUAUUUUUAGGUUAAACAAAAUAAAUCCACUUCAUAGCCUUAAACCAAACAAGAAUAAAUAUGCUAAAUACAAGUUUUAACAGCA